AUGAGGCUGUGGGUGCAGCUGCAGCUUGGCUCAGCCAACCUGUGCCGCCUGCCCGCGCGGGAGCAGCCCUUCCCUGCAGCCCGGGCACCCCAGGCCCCCCAGGCACCACCAGCAGAUGCGAGUCUCCUCCCCGAUUUGCAACCUCGUCCCACCGGCACAGCAGCUCACCCCGUGGGGAUCGCCCCAGCCACAAGCUCCCCACGCCCCUGGCCCAGAGCUGGGGGAUGUCGGCCAUCGGGGCCGGCUCGGCGGGUGCCCCUGGAGAGUCCCCCCGGCCCAGCACGGCUCCCCCUCACCCACACAGGUCUGCAGACGGUUCCAUGUGGCUGCUUCUUCGACCCCCGGGUCUUCCGCAUCCAGCGGACAACCACCGACCUGCCUCCACCGGCCACCGCCACGCUCGGCCAAGGCGCCGCUUCUCUGCCGGGUACUGCCCUGUGGGGUCCCUGGGGCUGCGGGGCCCCCCUGGCCUGGGCAGACCCAGGGACCCCCCAGGGCCAACCACAAUACCUCGCACCCUACGAAAAUCAGAGGAGUGGGGUGGCCCCAGCCCCUCUGGAGCUGCCAGUGUCCAUCCCCGGCUACCAGCACACCAAGGGGCAGUUGGCACAGAUCAACAUCUCCAGCACGGCCACCCCUGUGGGGGCACCCCUGGGCAGCACGUCCCCCCCGGGCAGCGACGUCCCCCCCAGGCCCUGCGCUGACCCCCACAACCAAGCCCUUGGGGAGCCCGUAGGUGAACUUGCAGCGUCUGAGAAAGUGGCUCUCCAAGAGGCCCUAGUGCUCUUUGGUCGCUCCCUGGAUGGGGUGGGGGUCAGCCAGCAUGCUCCCAGCAGGAGCUCCAUGCCCGAGGACGCUGGUGGCACUGGCACAGCCACCCCCAACUGCGACUUCAGCUCGCUCUCACUGCCUGAGGAGCUGCUCACCCCUGACUACCGCAUCCCCGCGCUCAGCGACAUCAUGCUGAGCCUCAAAAUAUUCAACGUCAUCGGGAUGGAGCCCCAGGAGCCGUGGCAGGAUGCCGGGAUGGACCUGCCACCAUCCCCGCCUGCCGUGGCAGACAAGCCGAGGAAGAGGCAGGCGCAGAGCUCCUUGCCAAUGCCACCCAGCAAGCGCAGGGCUCUCGCAGCCAACGUGGGGGUGUGAGGGGGGGCUUAG